CAGAAGGCUGGGGGGCGGGAAGUCGGAAAAGGAACGGUGCCCUCUGCUAUAGCCCUUCCUACUUCCAUCGCCGCCUGAACCAGUACUUGUCUUGCUGAAAGAGUUAAUAAUGGCAAAACAGCUACAGAAGACCCUCCACCUGCAAAGAAAAUUCGAAAAUGCCAGAAGAUGAAAAAGGAGCCUGUGGCUGGAGGAAAGGCUGAUAAUGACAGGACAGAAGACAAGCAAGAGUCUGUGAAGACCUUGCUGUUAAAGGGCAAAGCUCCAGUGGACCCAGAGUGCACAGCCAAGGUGGGGAAGGCCCAUGUAUACUGUGAAGGAAACGAUGUCUAUGAUGUCAUGCUAAAUCAAACCAAUCUCCAGUUCAACAACAACAAGUAUUAUCUGAUCCAGCUGUUAGAAGAUGAUGCACAGAGGAACUUCAGUGUUUGGAUGAGAUGGGGCCGAGUUGGGAAAAUGGGGCAGCACAGCUUGGUGGCUUGUUCUGGGGACCUCAACAAGGCCAAGGAAAUCUUUCAAAAGAAAUUCCUUGACAAAACAAAAAAUAAUUGGGAGGAUCGUGAGAAGUUUGAGAAGGUGCCUGGAAAAUAUGAUAUGCUACAAAUGGACUAUACCACCAAUACUCAGAGUGAAGAGGAAACAAAUAAAGAUGAAUCUCUCAAAUCCCCCUUGAAACCAGAGUCACAGCUAGAUCUUCGUGUACAGGAGCUGAUAAAGUUGAUCUGUAAUGUCCAGGCCAUGGAAGAGAUGAUGGUAGAAAUGAAAUAUGAUACCAAGAAAGCCCCACUUGGGAAGCUGACAGUGGCACAAAUCAAGGCAGGUUACCAGUCUCUUAAGAAGAUUGAGGAUUGUAUUCGGGCUGGCCAGCAUGGACGAGCUCUCAUGGAAGCAUGCAAUGAAUUCUACACCAGAAUCCCACAUGACUUUGGACUCCGUACCCCUCCAUUAAUCCAGACAGAGAAAGAACUGUCAGACAAAGUACAGCUACUAGAGGCUUUGGGAGACAUUGAAAUUGCUAUUAAACUGGUGAAGACAGAACUGCAAAGCCCAGAACACCCACUGGACCAACACUAUAGAAAACUACAUUGUGCUUUGCUCCCUUUAGACCAUGAGAGUUAUGAGUUCAAAGUGAUUUCCCAGUACCUACAGUCUACGCAUGCUCCCACACACAGUGACUAUACCAUGACCUUGCUGGAUGUUUUUGAAGUAGAGAAGGAGGGUGAGAAAGAAGCCUUCAGAGAGGACCUUCAUAACAGGAUGCUCCUAUGGCAUGGUUCCAGGCUGAGUAACUGGGUGGGAAUCCUGAGCCACGGGCUUCGAAUCGCCCCACCUGAGGCUCCCAUCACAGGUUACAUGUUUGGAAAAGGAAUCUACUUUGCUGACAUGUCUUCCAAGAGUGCCAAUUACUGCUUUGCCACUCGCCUAAAGGAUACUGGACUGCUGCUCCUGUCAGAGGUAGCUCUAGGUCAGUGUAAUGAGCUACUAGGGGCCAAUCCAGAGGCAGAAGGAUUACUUCAGGGCAAACACAGCACCAAGGGGCUAGGCAAGAUGGCUCCCAGUCCUACGUGCGCCAUCACCUUGAAUGGGAGUACAGUACCCUUAGGACCAGCAAGUGACACAGGAAUUCUGAAUCCAGAGGGUUAUACCCUCAACUACAACGAAUUUAUUGUAUAUAACCCCAACCAGGUCCAUAUGCGAUACCUUCUAAAGGUUCGAUUUAAUUUCCUGCAGCUCUGGUGAAUGUUGAUAUUAAACAAACCAGAGAAAAUAUGAUCUUCAAGCAAGAAAACAGGCAACGUUGUACUUUCGAUUUCCUCAUAUUUUCUGUAAUAAAGACAGUACAAAUCUUCCACUGGCUUCUUCGGGCUUUACUUCUGCAAGCACAUAUUUCUUCUGAUGUUAGUGUAUCUUUAUUUCCAGGAUAGAAAAUGUAGCUUCUCUGCGUAUGCCACAGCUAGCUGCAGGUUACUCAGGAUCCUGUUCUGUCCUUUCACAGCAGAAUAGCCUCUGUGCAUUGAGGGAGACUAAUGGAGGUUAAUGUUUUUCCCAUUUAAUACAGUUUUUCUGCAAACUGGAGUUUGUUGGGUAGUAUUAUAGGAAGGGUAGAGGCAGCAAAGACUGAAUUGUUUCCCAUACAAAUCUUCUCACUUGCCUUUUUCCCCUGUUUACCACCUGCAGACCAGGUCUCCCACCACUUAGCAUCCCAGGUGUCAGCAGAUGUCCAAAAUUUGGGGUAGCACUUGGAGGACUGUCACUAAGCCUAAAUAUAUCUCAGGGAGGAAGGGAGAGAAGGAGAAUGAUUUUGAUGUACCCCACUCCAUCUAAGAAGUACCAAAGUCUAAAACAGAUCCAGAGACUUCUUGACUAUUUGUAAACACAUGCAACACAGAUAAACACACACAUACAACAUACUUCCUUAGUAACAAUGAAGGUUAUUUAAAUGAAAACAGUAGCUUGUAACUUUUUAGAGACCACAUUACCAAUAUCUAUCAAAAAUGUUAAAUGUACACACACUUUGACCUAAAAAUUACAGAUGUACAUGUUUACAUAGAUGAUGUCACUGCAGAAUUGUUAUAUGCAAAAACACCCAUAAAUAAGGAACAAGUUAAAUAUAUUCUCUCAUUGAAAUACUAUGCUGCUGUUAAAACUAGACUAUACACUUCAAAAAAAUGUAAGAGAAGGGAAUACUUCCCAACUCAUUCUAUUAGGCAGUAUAAAACUAAACCCAGAUAAAGAUAUCACAAGAAAAUUAUAGACCAGUAUCCUGUAAGAAUGUAGAUACAGGCGCAGUGGUUAAUAAUCCGCCUGCCAAUGCAGGGGUCACAGGUUCAAGCCCUGGUCCAGUAAGAUCCCACAUGCCGCAGAGCAACGAAGCCCAUGAGCCACAGCUACUGAGCCCGUGUGCCACAACUACUGAAGCCCACGCACCUAGAGCCCGUGCUCCAUAACGAGAAGCCACCGCAAUGAGAAGCCUGCGCACUACAACAAACACCAGGCCUUGCUUGCCACAACUAGAGAAAGCCCGUGUGCAGCAAUGAAGGCCCAACACAGCCAAAAAUAAAUAAAUACAUUUAUUUAAAAAAAAAAAAAAAAGAAUGUAGAUGCAGGGACUUCCCUGAUGAUCGAGUAGUCAAGAAUCCAUCUUCCAAUGCAGGAGACAUGGGUUCGAUCCCUGGGUGAGGGACUAAGAUCCCACAUGCCGCAGGGCAACUAAACCUGCGUGCCAUGACUAGAGAGCCUGCACGCCGCAACUACUGAGCCCGUGCACUCUGGAGCUCAUGCGCCACAGCUAGAGAAGCCUGCAUGCUGGAACUAGAGAGAGAAGCCCACAAUGAAGAAAGAGCCCACAUGCUGCAAUGAAGACCCAGCUCAGCCAAAAAAAAAAGAAUGUAGAUACAAAAAUAAAAUACUAUCAAGCCUAAACCAGCAAAACAUAAAAAAGGAUUAUACAACAUGACCAAAUGAGAUUUAUUGCAGAAAUGCAAGGUUGGUUCAACAUAGGAAAAUCAACCAAAAUUGAUGGUUGUGACUUUUGCCAAAUGUAGGGCUAAAGUCACAUGACCAUCUCAUUAGAUGCAGAAAAAGCACUUGGCAAAAUUCAACGCCCUUUCACAAUAAACAUUCAACAAACUAAGAAUGGAAAGGACCUUCUUCAACCUAAUAAAGGAUGUCUAUGAAAAACUGCAAAAAGACUGAAAGUUUUUCCCCAAAGAUCAGGAACAAGACCAGGAUAUCUGCUCUCACCACUUCCAUUCAGCAUUGUACUGGAUUCUGGGCACAGUAAUUAGAUAAGGAAUAGAGGGGAAAAGGCAUCCAUAUUGAAAAGGAAGAGGAAAAACUAUAUUGGCAGAUUACAUGAUCUAAUAUACAUAUAUAUAUUAGAUUACAUGAUCUAA